GCCAGUUGUACAAUUAUUUUACCAUACUACAACAUCCAUGAUGCACGACGGCCGAGUCGGUAAUGACGUCAAAAACCUCGCAAGGAGGGAGAAUCAAACGCAACGUUUUAGGAUUCCGUAACCAACAACGGUUACGACUGGAAAAAAAAUGCAGAGAACUACCAGGCUGAAGCGUGAACUUCAACUGUUGAGCACCGAGCCCCCGCCAGGAAUUUCCUGCUGGCAAACCGAAGGGCAGAUUGAUGACCUGAGAGCUCAAAUCGUAGGUGGUGCGAACACGCCUUAUGACGGUGGUCUGUUUUCACUGGAGAUAAAAGUUCCUGAACGGUACCCAUUUGAGCCUCCAAAGAUGCGUUUCCUGACCCCUAUUUACCACCCUAACAUUGACAAUGCUGGACGCAUUUGCCUUGAUGCUCUGAAGCUACCACCCAAGGGUGCCUGGAAGCCUUCGCUCAACAUCGCCACUGUGCUGUCCUCCAUCCAGCUGCUCAUGGGGGAGCCCAACCCCGAUGACCCCCUCAUGGCUGACAUCUCUUCAGAAUACAAGUACAACAAGCAGCUUUACUUGGAGAAAGCCAAGAGGUGGACUGAGAAACAUGCCAUUCAACGGAACAAGGGCGUUGAGGAGACUGAGGGAACAGCACUAGGCAGGCUGGAUAUAACCUGCCGCAAAAGACCAGCUCUGCAUUCAGAGGAACACCAGGAUGACUCGAAGAAGGUCUUCAUGUAACUCCAGGCUCCAUCGUUCAUUUGGCUGUUUAUAUAUUGUAUGUUAUAUUAUUGUACAUCUCUCCUAUGUCUUCUGAAAACUAUAGUGGUGUGUGCUUUGUGUUUGUUGUGUAAUUUUUGUAUUUCAUAUUAACUGCUUUGUUUGCCUGCUUAAUGUUGAACAUUAAAAUCUAAAUCUGUAAUUUUCCAUCAUAUUUGUAUUUUACAUUACACACGUCUGCAUGUAUUUCAGAUGUUUGGGGAUAGAAGAAUGGAGACCAUUUUAAACAAAAUCUUUAGCAUCAAGGUUGUGAGAAUAUAUCUUUGUUCUUCUGAAGUUCUUACAAUGAUGAGCCUAAAUGCAUUUAGUAUAAUUGUAGUCAAAUUAUGGAGUGACCUAGUGGUGUUCUAAUCCAAAACAUAAUGUAAAGAUUGUUAGAAUAUUAAUUGGGCAAUCUACAUUAUAUACAUUUUUUUUGUUUCACAUAAGCAUAGGCUGCCCUUUCUGUAAAAGCGCUGCUCUACUUUUUAAAUAUUUGAGUCUAGUGUUCAGCUUCAUUAUCACGUACAAUGUUUCAACAAUCACAAAUGGACCAAUAACUUAUAAUGCAUGUGCGUAAAGUAUUUUAAUAAUAUGAAACUAAUAAUCUUUUCAUACUUGUAUAAAUUGUUUACAGAGGUUUGAAAAUAUGUACAUCCAAAAUAAAUCUGUUUUGUACAACUAA